UGAAACGUCACUGCCACGUAGAGGGCCAGCUGCACACCUCGAUUCUGGCUUUGCACCUUUGUAACAAACUUUUUUAGCUUUCUGUGCGUUUAUCCUGUUGUUUCUCCUGAACGCUGAGUGUGGUGGCAUGCUGCUGACCGUGUUGAGCUGGCUCUGCUCCUCCCUGCUGGCGUCUGUCAGCGGGGGAAAGCUGCCUGAAGCUGAGGUGAACAUAGAAGUUAUGUACAGACCAUUUCUCUGCCACCGCAAGUCAAAAUAUGGAGACAUCCUGCUGGUGCAUCAUGAGGGAUACUUUGAGAAUGGAACCAUGUUUCACUCGAGUCGAGCCCAAGGUGACAAGCAGCCAAUGUGGUUCACACUGGGCAUCAGAGAGGCGAUCCAAGGCUGGGAUAAAGGUCUGCAGGACAUGUGCGCUGGAGAGAAGAGGAAACUGGUCAUACCUCCAGCCCUGGCCUAUGGGAAGGAAGGGAAAGGUAAGAUCCCACCUGAAAGCACAUUGACCUUCAUCAUCGAGGUGCUUGAGAUCAGAAAUGGACCAAGAUCACAUGAGUCCUUCCAGGAGAUGGACCUCAACGAUGACUGGAAACUCUCCAAACAUGAGGUCAAAGAAUACCUGAGGAAGGAGUUUGAGCGUCAUGGCUACCCUCCCAACGACACGCUACAUGAGAACAUGGUGGAGGAUAUCUUUGCCAAAGAGGAUGAGAACAAAGACGGAUUCAUAUCCUCCAGGGAGUUCACUUACAAGCAUGAUGAACUUUAAAGUCUCACUGACUCACUUUGGUGCAGGGUUUAUUGCAAAGAUUCUCUCAGGUCAUCUUUUUAUAGAAGCUUUGUGUUUGCUUUGCCUAAAGCUGAGUGUAGUGGGUUUUGAGCCAGUGAGUUUGUUAGUUUGCUACUUUUAGUGAUAUUUCACCUCAGCAAAUCUUUGCCUUUUUGUGUGUUUACCUCUUUGAGUAGCAAACAACCAAGUUUGCACCUUUUGUGACCACUGUCAUCUUGACAUCUCUAACUUAACACCCUUGAAUACUUCCUAUACCAAAAGGUAGAAGGUAACAUUCCACUCAUCUUGCAUAUAACUUUUCAAGACUGUAUUUGGAUUUUUAGCAGUUCAGUGUAUAUGAGGUUCCCUCAAGGGAAAUCUAAUGUUUGUUUCUUUUAUAAAAUGUUCCCAGUUUAUGCAAUUUAACAUUUAUAGGUACAUUUUGAAAGAAAAGGGUAUUUGAUCAGCCUCAUGUUUUAUUAUUAUUAACUAAACUAUGUGUGUAGAUAUUUUUCAUUUUUUAUUAAACAAUAAACAAGGACUUUUCAGGGUAUAAUUGGCUUUUUUCAUAACGGAUAUUAUGACUCUCAGCAGGACAAGCAGGUGCAACUGAUGACAUUAAAGCUCCAUUCAAUUCAAUUGGUCCCAGUCAUUUGCUAUGCACAAUACUGAGGCUGUGGCCCUGCUAUUAUUAUUGUUAUUAUACUUCACACCUGUGAAGUCAGACUAUCCGUGAGAAAGGUUCAUUGCUCAUGCAUACACUGUAGUGUCAGUGCUGAAAGGAUAUACUGUUCAGUUCUGAUCCAUUACAUCAAUGUAUGUGCAGUUUUAUCCUAAUUUUCAAACUCACAUAAAUAAAUGCCCCAGAAAACAAUCGUGUGAAGGGACGGGGGGGGGGGGGGGGGGGGUGUUAAGACUUAAUUCAAUAAGCAAAUGACUUUGCAGAUUAGUUUCUGUCUUAAAAUAAUAAAUUGACUGUCGACUUUCUAAAACAAAAUGCAGUGGUGUAUUUGUGACACACCUUGUAAUACAUUACACAUUGAACCAGCAGGUGGCACUGUCUUCACAGGUGUUAGCAUUAGUUACUACAAUGUGGGACAGGAAACGGUAUACCUCACUCAUUAUCUAUUUAUAAAAGACAACACCUGUGUAACCUAAAACAGAUGCAUUCCCAUACUCUUCACAAUGUAAGUCAUUUUCACAUCACAUUUGUUUUUACAUUUUUGUAGAUCAUUUUGGUACUUAGAAAACAGUCACAUAAACACACAAGAGCACCAAUAUACUGUAUGCACAAUUAUUUAUGACCCCCCCAAAAGUUAGCAUACCCUGUUGUGCAAGUGAAUAGUGAAAACUGUUCACUUGCAAUGCCGUUUUCACAGUGAGUUUUAAAUUGAAAUUAGGCUGACUUGUUGGCUCUAUAGGAGGAAAACAUACAGAUACAGACAGAAUCAUUUUGCUCAAGCAUUAAAGCAUCAGUUUAAAAAUGUAGCAUUAUUAGAGCAUGUUGUAACGCAUUUAUACAAGUGCUAAUGGAGCAUCCCCUUGUACAGAGGUUGUUGCUAGGUGACCUUUUUUAUAUAUCUGUCUUUAAAGGAGCUGUACUAUUUUAAAACUAGGUGUUUAAUAAUGUUUGUGGGUUUACUUCCGACUUUAAAAGUGCUACUGUAUGUAUGAAGACAAAUUGAUAACUCUCAAGACAUAAAAUCAGAAUUUUCUAUUCCGUAUGUAGAUACUGAAAUGCUUAAGCUGUUAAAAACUGUGUCAAGAGCCAUGUUAAAUAUAGCUACUGGAAGACACUGUCCUUGGAGUGUGUGUGUGUGUAGAGUCUGUCUGCAGCUUAUGAGUAUGAGUAGGGAGAGCCAUCCUCCUCCACACACACAUUCAAAACAUUCCACACUGGAAAAGGUCAGAGGUCACAUAGUCAGUAUAAGGCGGGAGCCUGUUUGACACUCACAUACUGUAUCACAUACUUAUACACUGAACACAAACAAAUCACACAAAGGGCUUGCAUCCAAAUAAGUCCAUGGCAAUUAUGUGAUUGUCAUGAGCUGUCACAAGAACAAAGUGGAACACAGAGUCUUUUUGCUG